UUUUUUUGUAAAAAUUUAUUUAUUAAGUGUGGAAAUAAUAUGAUUUAUGGUUGGGAAAAAAAAUAUAUAAAUCUUGUGAGUUGUUGUUUCGUUGGAGGAUUUAAUGUGUGAAUAAAAAGUAGCAGACAUUUGGGCGACAGUAUUUUAAAUCUCAUGAUAAAUAUUAUCAAUAAAUAAAUAAAUUCAUGGAUUAACAGGGUGAUUUACAACUUGCAAUAUUAAAGGGUAGUUGUAUAAAUUUAUUGAUAAACUUAAUGAAAAAAAUAAUAGAGUUAAAACAAUGAAUAAAUAACUAAAUCCAAGUGUAAAUUAAAAUAAAAUUAAUAACUCUAUUAGAAUAUUAAAAAAUAAUAAUAAAAAAAGAUUUAAAAAAAAAAGAAAUUGUUGAUUUAGAAGCACAAAUAAAUAUGGAUUCAUACAAUAAAUAAAAUAAUAAACAUUUAUUGUAAAAUUGAUUAAUAAAUAAUUUAAUGGAAAAAAAAUUUAGUCGAAUAUUUAAUAUUGCUUGAUUUGAAAGAAAAAAUAAAAAAAAAAAUAAAAAUAAAAUGGAUUUAUCGAAAAAUAAAAGAUGCUUUGAGAGAAUUGAAUUUAUAUAUUUCAUUCUGACAGUUGAAUCCAUUUGAUAAAUUGAUUUUCGAAGGGAAAAAUAAUUGAUAGAAAAAAAAAAAAAAAAUUACUAUGAAUGAGUAAAAAGGAUGAAUUAUAUAAAAUUCAUUGUUUGAUUAAUUUUUUUUUAAAUACAAUUGAGAUAUAAAAAAAUUAAGAAAGACUUUAAGUCAGUUGAGAAAUUGAAUGAAUUUAUUGUUGAGAUGUAUAUUAUUUUGGUGAAUAAAGUCACAUGAAGAAAUAGAAAAAAAAAGAAAAAUAAAUUUACGAUAAAGUGGAUUUCCCAAAGGUGGGUGAUCCGAUAAGCUGACAAGUCAUUGCCUUCUUUUGUCAAACGGCUAUAUUUGACAAAGUAUAGCUUGGAUGAAAAAUAAAAAAAAUAAAAUAGCUUUAGAAGUAUAUAUAAUUUUCUUUAUUCAUACUGAAAAUAGAUGUAGUGUUGUUAAACGUGUUACAUGAUCAUAAAAAUCAACAUAACACACACAAUCAUUACAAUUUGAAAUUUAUACGAGUUUAAAAAACACAAGUAUAUCUAUCAAAUAAAUUAUUGCUAUUAUUAUUUACAUCGAUCAAAAUAAUUUCCGUUCUUGAUGAAUUUAAAAUCAAAUAAAAAAAAUUAUUCCCUAGUUGGAUGUGUGGAUUAUUAAGAGUGGCAUGAAAAUGCAUAUCGUCAAGUGGUGUUAAUUAAAAGUUUAAAAAAUAAAAAAAAGGAAUAAAACAGUGCUUUGAAAUAAUUUAAAAAAGUUUAUUGCGUGUUUCAUUUUAUAUUUUUUCUUUAGAAUAUUUUUGAAAAUAAGAGCAAGAAGAGUCAAGUAGUCCUCAGCUUUUUUCAUCAGACAAUCCAAGUGUCACUCAACAUUAUUCUAAUCAUGAAAUUUUCUGCCACUAAUUGUUGUUUAAAAUUUCAAUAACAAAAGUAAUUUAAAAAUAGAUAAUUUUGAUUUAAUUUAUAAUUAAUUUGAAUAAUGGCAACACCACCAGACUCACCUGGUCCUGAAGAGGCACUAUUUGAAUUUGAAAGUUCACGUGCAAGACAUCAAGCAACAAGACCAGUACCCAUCGAAGAUUUACUAAGACAAACAAAAUUUUCAAGACAGGAAAUACGUGUUAUGUAUCGUGGCUUUAAACAGGAAUGCCCAGAGGGUGUAGUACAUGAAGAAUCCUUCAAGGAUAUUUAUGCAAAAUUUUUUCCACACGGAAAUUCUAGUUCUUAUGCACAUUAUGUAUUCAAGGCCUUUGAUGUCAACUGCAAUGGAGCUAUAAACUUCAGGGAUCUUCUUGUAACACUAUCAACACUUUUACGUGGAAGUGUUUAUGAAAAAUUACGAUGGACAUUUAAACUUUACGAUAUAAAUGGUGAUGGUUGUAUAACAAGAAGUGAACUUGGUGAAGUUGUUGCUGCUGUUCAUGAAUUAAUGGGACGUAAACAUCCAGCAGAUGAAGAAAGAAAAGCUAGAGAACAACUUGAUAGGGUAUUUGAAAAAUUAGAUUUAAAUCAUGAUGGUGUUAUAACAAUUGAAGAAUUUAUUGAAAGUUGUUUAAAAGACGAAGUUAUUACACGUUCAUUGGCAAUGUUUGACUGUGAACUCUGAUCUCCGUUGAAAAAAAAUUCAACAUGUUCGGCAAUAUUAACAACAGCAGUCUCACCAAAUUCAGCAACAACAAUGUCAUCACAAUCAAUGACAAGUUCAUCAUUACCAUCACCUUCUUAUAUACACUUGUCAUCAUCAACAAUAAUUACUGAUGAUAAUAAAUUUUUACAAUCAUCAAUACCACUACCAAUCAUUCAACCUUUAUCAGUUUCAGAAUGUUCAACAACAAUUACUACGACUGAUAAUGUUGUACAAGAAUCAAAUCUUCAACGGUUAAAUGGUACUCACUGGUGGGACCAGCCAGAAGAAAAAUUAUUUUGUUAAUAAAAUUAUAUUAUUAAUUUUAAAUUUAUUUAAAUAUUUAAAAGAAUUAUUAAUAGAUAAAUUGUUUGAUAAAUUAUGAAACAAAAAAUGAUUAUUGUUGCAUUGAGAGAGAGCUUUAAAAUCAACCCUAAAAAAAUAUAUAAAAUGGAAAAUAAAAAUGAGAAUGUGUACCUGUAGAAAAAUUAAAAAAAAUAAAAAUAAAAUUUCGUAGUAAUUUAGUGGAAUAGUUAUGAGAUUGUUUAAUGUUAAAUUUAUUCAAAAAACUGAGAUUUAAAAAUAAAAAUAACGAUGAUGAUGAAAUAAAAAUAAAAGAAAUGUUUAAUUUGCAUUUAAAAUUAGUGUUUGAAUAAUUUAUAUAUAAUAAAAAUGAAUUUUUUAAUUUUAUUAAAUUGCACAAUAUGAAUAAAAAUAAAAUAAAUUUAAUAAAUAAAUUAAUAUUUUGAUGAAAUCAAAUGAAAAAAUAAAUAAUAACACGUGAUUUUUGUGUGACAGCAAUUUGGAGUGUAAAUUUUACGUGUGAAUAUUGGUAAAGUGCCAAAUAAUUUAUUUGAAUUGUAACAAAAAAAAAUAUUAAAUAUUAAUAAUAAUUAUGUAUAAAAUUAAAUUAUACGUGGCUGUGAAAUUGAGAAUAUAAAAUGAGUAUUGUCAAGGGUAAUGAGAAAUGAAAUUAAUUUAAAUAGAAAUAAGUUUUAAAAAAAAAACAAUACAUAAGAGUGUUAUUGUUGAGUCAGUCAUAAAUAAAUUAAAAAAUAUAUUUAAAAAUAUUUAUUAAAUUGUAAAAAGAUAAAGAUUUACUAAAUUCUUUGGUGAGUGUUGCUAUUUGUUGACGUAAAAAUGUUGUAAAAAAUUAUAGAAAAUAAAAAUUAAUUAAUGAUUUUUACUAGAAAGACUGUAGAAAUAAUUAUGAAAAAUUUUUAUUUUGUUUAAUUAUUGUAUGAUUAAUUAUUAAAUACAAAAAAAAAAAAAGUUGAAUGAAUAAUUAAUUUUAAUUUUUAAUGAAGUUUAAUUAAUAGUUUAACUAAAAAUAUUGGCAUUCGAGUUGAUUAAUUUAGUUUAGCAUUAAAAUGUUGGCAUUUAAUUAUAAUUGCUAAAUUAUUAGACUGCGUAAAUAAAAAUUAUAAAAUUCAAUUUUUCAUAUCAUAAUAUUUAAAAUAAAUUAAAUAUUAUUUUUAGUUUUUAGAUUUUGCGUAAUGCAAAUCAUCUAAUAUUCUAAAUAAAAUGAAUUCAAAAUAUCGUCGAUUGAUAAAAUAAUAAUUAAAAAUUUGAGUAGCUAAUUACUCAAUAUUGCCAUAAACUCAAUGAAAUUUUAAAUU